UGUACAUUGUCCAUACAGACUGCACAUCGCAAUCGCAGCUGCUAGCCACCAUGGCCGACACCGAGCGACCACGAACACCGCCGCGGAAGGCUCCUGUGGCCUCGGCUCACUCUCCCAUAACUCCAGAGCAAGUUCGUCGUAUGGAAGAGUCUCGAUUACGAGCCAAAGCACUUCGAACACAGCAGGAAGCACAGAAGAAGACAACGACCCGGCCUUCAGCUCCCACAUCUCUUGCAGGACAGAAACGGACACACGCUGCGAUCACACGAGACAUACCAGCGACCUCUCGCGACGCACGAAUUAAUGUACCGAACAGCAACAACGGCCUCUCCGCUGCACCAGACGAUGGCAUCCGAGCUGCUAGGAAGUUUCAAAAAUACGUCGAAUACGACUUCAGCAAGAUGACAGACACAAAAGGUGGUUUCAUGACGGCCGACGAUGAUCCAUACAACAAAGCAUUGCAUGCACCUGAUCCAGACGGCAAGCCCGCGAAUAUGACAUUGCGAGAAUGGGAGCAGAAACAAGUGCAGCGUAAGCUGCAGAUGACAAAAGCCGGACCCUACGAACCUGGUCUGUCAGCUCUUGACGCCCAAAACGCAAAGAAAUGCAGAGAAUGCGGCAGUCUCGAGAUCGAUUGGAACUGGGACGAAAUGCUCAACACACAAAUCUGCCACACAUGCAAAGACAAAUAUCCUGAGAAAUACAGUCUCUUGACGAAAACAGAGGCGAAGGAAGAUUACCUCCUCACGGACCCAGAAUUGAAAGAUGAGAGCUUAUUACCGCACAUCAAGAAACCCAACCCGCACAAAAGUACAUGGAACGACAUGAUGCUGUACCUCCGAUAUCAGGUCGAACAAUACGCCUUCUCGGAGAAGAAGUGGGGUAGUGCGGAGGGGUUGGACGCAGAGUAUGAAAGGAGGACGAAAGAGACGAAGGAUCGCAAGGAGAAGAAGUUCAGGAAUAAAUUGAAUGAGCUCAAGAAGAGAACACGAGUCGAAGCGUACAAGAAAGCGAGAAGUGGUGGCGGAGGAGAAUUUGGUGAUACGAUAGGGAAUGGACAGCAUGAGCAUGAAUGGGGGCGAAGUGUCGAAGAUCCCGAAACGGGCAUGACGAAGAAAGCUUGUGUUGAAUGUGGAAUGGAGGUUGAAGAAUUGGAGUUUUGAGGCCAGAAAUGUCUCACUGUAAUUGCUUGGUUGUAUUAUGCGCAAGAUACCCCUUUGAUAUUUGGAAAGAGCGAGCGAAUACCUGUGGUCAGGAGAUUAUGUAGAUAUAGUGUACGACCAUGCC